AUGGAGGAAGAUUUUCACGACGCCACCGAGCCCGUCCUCGUGCAAGAUCGAAGCGGGCCCGCGGCAGGCACCCAAGCCCCGAAAGGCAGCACCCCAACGACAGGAAGACCACAGGCAGAAAGCAAUAACGACGUGGACCCGGAAUGGGAGAUCGCCAUGUCCAGGAGACAGAAGAGGCGCCAGCAAGACGGCAAAGGAUCGAGCAGCCAAGUUUUGGCGGGAACGGCACUAGGGAACAGAAAUUCCCUAGGCGACGAAAAGAUCACAGGCGGCGCGCCAGCUGCGCCGAAGCGAGUAGGAGGAGAGGGGCUGCCGCGGAGGAGACUGCCUCCGCUCCCGAAGGACGAUUUAAAGAUAGUGCUCAGGCCGAGGGGACUUGCAGUCAAGAGCUUGCAGACACGCCAGGUUGCGCGAGCGGUGGUCGCGGCCACCGGAUCCGGAUGCAAGGCUGAAGACUUGAUCAUCAGGCUGCGCAAUGGCUCCAACAUCAUAAUAGUAAGCACCGACAACGAAGAGGCGGCCCAACGUAUACGGCGCAUCACGCAGCUAACGUUCGGGAACAGCAGCUACGCCAUCAACGCACACGUGGCAGCGCCGGAGGGCACGUUGCGGGGGGUCAUCCACGGGGUGGACGCGGGGACCUCGCCGGAAGAGCUCAAGGCGAACCUUAGAGUCCGAACGCAAGGAGUCAAGAUCUUAGCAGCCAGGAUGCUGGGACGGUCGAGCACGGCGGUCAUCACAUUUGAUGGCCCCAUAAUCCCGAAGCAAGUACUCUACUACGGUGAAGAGAUGUGGUGCUAUCCGUACCGCCCUGCGAGACAAGUAUGCUACAAAUGCUGCCAGCAGGGGCAUCGGUCGGACGUCUGCCCGAAUCCGGAGGCCAAGGCCUGCACGCGGGACUGCAAGCAACGACUCAAGACGGCAGGCGAGCUGCGAGGAGGUCCCCAGCGACAUCAGCAGCAGAGGCGCAGCCGCAGCCGAAGCAGAGGCGGCGCAAGAAGACCGAGGUGGUUCCGAGACGAGGGCCAGGACCAGGGUCAACAAAACUUCAAUGCCUACCGGAGCGGGUCACGGAGCUGGAGCCGCGACCGGGGCCGGAGCCAGAGCCGAGGGUCCAACCGGGACGGAUCCUAUCCACCCCUGGGCGGCACGGGCCAGCAGCAGCAGCAAAAACAGCAAAAGAAGAGCGGCGGCGGCGUUAAGUCAGAUCGCAACACCAAGUUCAAUGCCUGUGUACUCAACGAGGUGGACUCCAAUAAUGAUCCAAUCAAUCGGUGGUGCAAGAGUGGAACCCGAAGUACAGAUGCAUUUUGUAUUCUCUGCAACUGCACCAUUUCUUGCGUGCAACAUGGAACAGCAGCAGUGAAGCGUCAUGCAGGAAUGAAGAAACACAUUGAUGCCGCUGCUAGACACAGAGACCAGGAUGGGAAUCUUCUUCCACCCAAAUUGGUGCAAGGCACACUGGACUUCUCUAAUGGGUCUAGUAAUACGUCACUUGAGCACCAAGUCAGCAAGGCAGAAACUAUUUUUGCUUUGUCUGUUGUCGCCAAGGGAAUUCCUUUUUCAUGGGGAGACACGGCAACUUCGAUUUAUCACUGCAUGUUCCCUGACAGCGGCAUAGCCAAAAAGUUUAGCUGUGGAAGGAUGAAAUUGGCACGGAUUGUAUCAGAUGGACUGGGUCCCUACUUCAAAGGACAAGUGGUGGCUGAGCUAUGCAAGCCAAAUGUUUAUUAUUCCAUUAUGAUCGAUGAAACACCAAAGCCAGAGCUAAGGGUGCAGCAACUAGAUGUCCUGGCACGUUACUUCUCCAGCAGCCAACAAGAAGUUGUUGUAGAGCAUCUUCAGUCAUUCGAUCUUGGCCGUGCAACCGCUGAAAUAAUUGUGGGCUGUAUAGAAGAAGCAAUUGCAGAUCUGCCAAAACAAGGACUUGUUUGUUUCUUUAGCGAUGGGCCUAAUGUUAUGAAGAGCGUAAAAAACAAGCUUCAGAAUCAUGUGGCACCAAGCUUAAUCGACAUUGGCAACUGUAAUCUCCAUAAGGUUCAUAAUGCAUUUGGAAAAGGCUUGGAUGCAUUUGGCUUGGAUGUCGAAGAAGUAGUAAGAAACAUCUACUACUACUUUAAAGGUGCUGUCCGCGCUGAAGCACUCAAAGAAUGCCAGGAGACCUUAGGAAUUCCUUGUCAUGUAUUUCUACGCCACGUUUCUAAUCGCUGGCUGACACUACAGGACUCGUUGUGCCGUGUUGAAGAACAGUUUGAAGCACUUUGUGCCUAUUUUAUUAAGGGAAGUACAUCAAAACAACGAUCUGACACUCGAAGCCUCCACAACAAGCUUGUGUCAGCAUUUUCUGAGAAGCAACUUUUGCCUAAAGUGUUGUUCUUAAAGAACUGUGCGCAGCUUUUUAGUGGAUUUCAGCUGCUGUUUCAAAGGCAAGAGCCGCUCUUGCACAUACUUCACACUGAACUUAUUGCUCUGGUCCAGCGAGUCCUAAGUCGGUUCCUGCGUCAUGAGGCCUUUGCAGACAAGAGCGCUGAAGAACUAAAAAGGCUAGACGUGACGGAUUCAUCUCUUUGGAAGUCAAAACCUGAAGUUGGUACAGAUACCGAAAAAUCAAUGCUUCAGUGGGACUCAAGUGAGAAGAAGCGGUUUUAUCUUGGAGCACGGGCUUUCUACUUGGCCUGUGCCAAGGACCUUCUUCAUAAGCUUCCGCUUGACAAUCGAGUUCUUCAGUGUGCCAGCCUCCUCAGUUUACAGUCAACAAAUGUUGAGUCCGAAGUGCGAUCACUAAAAUACCUUGUGUCGCAGCUUCUUCAAGUAAUCAAGAAUGAAGAAGUUUUGUCAGUAAUUGAUGAGUGGCAUAUGCUGAAGUGUGACUCCAAUAGUGCCCUUCUGGCCCUUGAAAAUGAACGAAUUGAUGCUCGUUGGGCCAAAAUAUUUGAACAGAAGUCUGCUGGAGGUCAACCAAAGUAUCCGUUGCUGUCGAAGCUUAUGAAGUGUCUGCUGUGUCUACCACAUGGCAAUGCAGACUGCGAACGAGGGUUUAGUGAAAAUAAACGCUUGUACGAAAACCGCUACUCAUUAUGCAUUGCAAGCAUUAACGGACUGCGCCAGACAAAAACAUACCUUCGCCGCUAUGAUGGAGAUGCCAGUAAAGUUCCCUUGUCUACAGAGCUGCUGCAAAGUGUGAGGAGAUCCAGAGCCCGAUAUGCAGAGAGAACUGCAAGUGCACAUCAGUCGGAAAGCAGAAAAAGGCUUGGAGGCAAAGACUCUGGGGCCGAUAUUGUCGAUGAAAAGCGGCUCCGAAAGAGCUUGGAAGAAAAGGUCACCUCAUCUAGGGCACUGCUGAAGCGAGCAGAAGACAUAAUUUCUUCUGGUUUGAAUUCCAAGAGCCUGGAGCAAGUUGAAGCUGGGCAAACUUUAUUAGCUGAAGGCAAUUACACUUUAAGCCAAACCCUCUCACAGCUGGAAGAUUUGAACAAGAAGGCAAGCAAAAGGCAAUAA